AUGGACGUCGACAAGACCUCGUUCUACCCGCUCCUGCUAGACAUUCUCACCGACAUCUCCACCGCCCACUUUGUCACCAUUGACUUGGAAUUGAGCGGCAUUCCCACAAAGGAUCCUGCGGCAGGAAAGCCCAACCUCCAACAACGCUAUCUCGAAACAAAAGAAGCUGCCGAACGCUAUCAAAUCCUCCAAAUCGGCCUCACGUGCGUGGAACAGGAUGUGGAAAACCACCGGUACAUUCUCAAACCCUACAACUUCGAUCUCAGUCCGGUGAUCGACGAGCGCGGGCUGGAUGUGGAACGCAUCUUCUCCUUUCAAUCCGGCGCGGCUGAGUUCCUCCUCAAAGUCGGCUUUGAUAUUGGUCGUCCUUUCACACAUGGAGUUCCAUAUCUCAACCAUGCCGAAGCCAAGAUCGCGAGAGACAAACACACCAAACGCAACGACAAGAACUCCAUGGCAGACAUCUUCAUCAAGCCCACCGAAGUCGAAGCCCUCGCGUUCCUCUCCCGCGUCCGCAAAGAGAUUGAAACCUGGCUAGCAAGCUCCAGCAUGGACACGCCCGAAUUCCUCAACAUCAAUCCUCUCAUCCCGGCAUCGGAGAUUGGUGAGGUCACCGUUCCUUCCGAACUCUYUCGAUUUGAGAAACGACUCGUCCAUCAACUCGUCCGCGCCGAAUUCCCCACCCUGACAUCCAUCUCCCGGAGAGGCUUCAUCCAACUGCUCCACUUUGACAAAUCUCGUGAAGAUCGUAUUGCUGAAGGCCGGAAACGCGAUCUGGAGGAGCGCAUUGCUCGGCAAAAGGGAUUUCGCUGGAUCAUCGAUGCUCUCUCGGGCCAAAAUAUCUCCAACUUGGAUCUUCGCGAGUGCGCAAAGGACGCCGUGACUGGAGAGCACAUAUUCGUGGACCUGGACGAUUACAACGCGCAGUUCCAUCGUGCGGAACGACUGAUGAGAGGGAGGCCGAAGGUGCUCGUGGGACACAACUGUUUCUUGGAUUUGGUUUACGUCUACAGGACAUUCAUUGGUGAACUUCCGGAUACUGUGGAGGGGUUUCAAAAGGCUUUGCAUGAGUUGUGGCCGGUGAUUGUCGAUACGAAAUACAUGUCUACGCAUAACUGCGGUGACAUCAGUCCUGCGAGUUCGUUGGAGCAGAUUGCAGAUCAAUUGUCGGCAUUGAAGAAGCCGGUGGUGGAGACGGAUGAGGAUCACGGAAAGUAUAUGGAUGUCCAGGCCUUUCACGAGGCUGGCUAUGACAGCUUCUUGACGGCGCAGAUUCUCGUCAGAUUGAGUGCCAAGCUGGAGAAAGAAGGGGAGUAUGUCGAUGGUAUCGAGGAGACAUUUAACGGGCUCAAACUGGGGUUGGAAGAUCAGGUAGAUGGGCAGGAUGAGGAAAGGGGCUUCACGCCCGAUGAUGAGAAGAAGGAGUGGAAGCCCAAGUCGAAUGGCAAGACCAAGCGUUCCGGACCUGAUCGCACGACUGUCAAGAUGGAGGGAGGCAUGCCGAGAUUCGGCUCGGACUUCUGGAGAGUAUAUGGAAAUCGAUUGAGGGUGUUUGGUACCCAGGAGGGUGUUUGUGUCUUGGACGACGGAGCGCAGUCGCCUGGGAGUGAGGAAGAUGGCGGUGUGGGACUUUAG